AAAACAUUAUGCAACCAACAUUGCGUUAAUUUGACUGUCCAUCUGGCGGACGCGUUAGGAAGCUUAGUUGACAGCUGACAUUGUCGAAAGAACCAUCUUGACAUUUCCGACGGUAAUGGCGGAGCGAACUUGGACAAUAACAUCCACUUUGUCAAAAUUACGCCUUUAUUUAGUAUAGCGAGAGGUUUUUUUCGUGCUCCGAGCCCUAUAGGAGUCGUGCAUUCUUCAUUAAGUGGUCUCAAUAGUCUAGUUGAAGCGAAAACCGUGCAUUUAAGUCUCAAGUGUUUAUGAUGUUAUUUGUAUUUUUUGUGCUGAUAGUAUAAUCCAAGAAGUGUGGCGCAGAAAGGGGCGAUUUUUUCAGUGUCCGACCGUGAUUCCGUUAUGCUAAAAGGUGGCCCACCCCGCACGAGAUAGCUAUGGCGAAUUUGAACUUUACAAGGAACAUAGGAGGUAGCAGCCUCGGAAGAUCCAGUGUUAGUUUUGGAAGUAACUCUAUGUCUGGUCAUGUUACCCCUGUUUUCGGGCAAAGAGCGCCUUCAGACAGGAGGGGGAUUCCCGCCAUGGGAAAUAGUAGCCAAAUGGGUAACAUGAGUUCGUUGGGAGGUUAUAGUUCCUUUAAUUCUGUGUUUGGCUCAGGAGACACUAACACCCCGUCAUUAUUGGAUCUUAGUGAAUUUCCUUCGUUAACGAACCGAAGUUCGGGAGAUAACGUUCCACAGCCGAGCCCCAUGCCCGGUGCGAAGCCCUAUGUGGGGAUGGUGAAACAACCCACGUCGGAAGCGAGUGAAUUUACUAUGUCAAACGAAGACUUUCCUGCGUUGCCGGGAACGCAAAAUCGGGAGGGAGUCUCGCCGGGGGGGAGCACGUCAGGAGAGAAAAACAAUACGGGGGGUGGAGGAGACGGCUCCUCCAGUGCCAGGGAGAACGACAAAAACAGCGCCAAAUCAGGAAUUCAGACAUCUCCGGACGGCAGAGUGACGAACAUCCCCGCGAGUAUGGUGAACGAUCAAUUCGGUAUCGUUGGUCUUUUAACAUUUAUCAGGUCAGUUUUGUUUGUGUGUUGCAGGUACAGUAGAGAGUGGCGUUAUCACAUGGAGGAGAAGGUUUGGAUAACACAAGUCCCUGGCAUGAUGUUAGCUGAAAAGACUUCCACAUACGAGCGAGGCACUUAUUACUUUUUCGAUGCGCAGAAUUGGCGAAAAGUCCCGAAAGAAUUCCAUUUGGAUUACAGCAAACUCGAAGGCCGGCCUGUCAUCUCAUCAAACCUGCACAAUACAUCGUGAGACGGUGUUAUUCCAUGACUUCGCCCGACUAUGAAUAAAUGAAAAGUGUAUACACUAUAUGAGUUGUUAGAUUUUAAGGUUAAUGCGUCUAUUAAAUAAGUGAAAAUCUCACUUAUUUACUAGAAUUGGAUAAGUAUUAAUUUUGAAAAAAAGAUUAAAAAGUUAUAUACCUAUACAGUUUUCAUUUUAUUUGUAAAUUUACUGUACAAUAUUAAUAAAUAAUAUGAUUAAUUGAUUUUCAACGGAUGCA